UUUGAAUUUCAUAAUUGAGUCGCACAAAAGUGACGCAGCUGUCCCUAAAGAACCCUCCCAGCGCAGCUGAAUAUGGCGGCGCUGCUGAGAGGUCUACGAGCUGGAAGGGCACUUCGGGGCGUGGUGGCUGCACAAACUCCAACAAAGCCCCAGUGUAGCAGCCUGGGCCGAGGCUUCCACCGUGCAGCACUGAGGCUUCAGGAUGAAUCCAAAUCUGACAAACCACCCUCCUCCUCCUCCUCCUCCACUACCUACCAUGAGCACUACCAGACUGUCUCUGCUGAACAGGAAACAGCAGGAGGCUCCCGGGAAGACCCAACAUCUGUCCCAGCAGCUGAGGAGGCUUCCAGGCCGAACACCAGUUACCAGGACCAGGGUGGCGAACAGGGUGAUGAAUAUGAAACAGAGGAGCAGCUUCAAGCUCGAAUCCUGACUGCUGCUCUGGAGUUUGUCCCACUGCACGGCUGGUCAGUGGAAGCCAUUGCGGCCGCUGCUGAGACGCUGGGCCUGUCCUCUGCUUCCACUGGAAUGUUCUAUAACGGAGCUGGAGACUUGGUCCUACACUUCAUCGCUCAGUGCAACUCACAGCUGACUGAUGUCCUGGCUGAACAACACAACCAGGUCCAGCUGGGCCAGGCCGACCCAAAGAAGACUGCCGACUUUCUAAGAGAUGCUGUAGAGACCAGACUGAGGAUGUAUAUCCCCUACAUUGAAACUUGGCCACAGGCGAUGAGCAUCCUGCUCCUUCCUCACAACAUCCCAGACAGCCUGAAGCACCUCUCCACCCUGGUGGAUGACAUGUGGUACUACGCCGGAGACCGAUCCACAGAUAUGAACUGGUACACCAAACGUGCAGCGCUGACGGGCAUCUAUAACACCACAGAGCUGGUGAUGCUGCAGGAUUCCUCCCCAGAUUUCCAGGACAGUUGGAACUUCCUUGACAACCGCAUUCAGGAUGUAGUCAACAUGGCCACCACCGCCAAACAGGUGCAGGCGACUGGUGAAACAGUGGUGCAAGGGCUGAUGGGAGCUGCUGUUACACUGAAGAACCUCACAGGACUGAACCAGAGGCGAUGAUGUAAAUCUCUCACUCGCACAGACCCUGACUGCCUGGCUUGUGACAUGAGCUGAAGAUCAACUUUCUUUUUGCUCAUAUUUCUGAUUAACUGUAAGAGUCUGAAAAUAUUGGAUUAUGGCUUUUAUCUGUCACCGGCUGUAAUGACAGACUUCUUUUUGUUUAUCUGUAAAACCAGUGGCUUGUCUUGUCUUGCUUCCCUGUUCAAUAUUUCACUCAUGUCAGAUUAUCCUUUCUCUUUGGACACAAUGAUCUGUCUUUUUUUUGUUGGAUCGAGACUUCAAUAAAGUAGUAUAUAUUGUAUAUUUAA